AUGUCAAAUCCUAGCAAAAUUCUUGGUCAUGUUUGGGACAAGCGUGAAGACACUCUAGAAAUACAAGUACCAGCGGUACCUGAGACAGAACCAGUUACGAAACGAAGCAUCUUGAGUCAGCUUGGCAAAGUGUACGACCCAUUGCGAAUAAUAUCACCCACGAUGGCCGAAGGAAAACACAUUUACAGAGAGGCUUGUGAAGAGAAAAAGGGAUGGAAUGCCGAGGUUUCACCAGAAUUGAAGAUACAGUGGCACAAAUGGAACAAACAACUAAAGAACGUGAAAGUACCGAGGAGCUUAACAGGAAAUUCGAAGGAAACGAAGGCUAUCGAGCUCCAUGUGUUUGCCGACGCAAGCAAUCUCGCAUGUUCUGCAGUAACCAUAGCACUAGUUGAACAUUCAUCCGGAACGAUCAAAGGGUUGCUGACAUAG